CUUAGAGCAAGGAAUAUAGUAGUUGGGGAUCUGGGAGGUAAUCUGCAAAAUAAAGGUAGGCUACAGAAUUUUUAAUUGCCACCAAACUUUUGUCACCAGAUAACCACCUGCAUUCCCCCCCCCCCAUAGUCUAAAAUAAUAAACAUACUUGAGCUAGCAAGGCACUAACUUUCAUACAAUAAAUAUUUGGACACAGUAGCUAUUAUACCUCACUUAUUGUUUACUCAUACUUAACACAGUUGACCAUGCCCAGUUAAGUACCAGCAUACAAGGAAACCUUGCCUUGCUGGAGAACAUUCCCUGUAACUAUCAGCACAGUGGUUUCCUGGGACAACCCACAACAAAUCUGGCUGCAGCUGUCCCAGGGUCCCAAUCAUGAAAGAUUAGUGAUUGUACACGAAUCUUCUGAAAUUUUCUGGCACCUGAAAGGUUAAAAAUCUCAGAAAGCAUUUCAGGAGACAAGGAGAGGCUGCUGAUCACCAGAAGCACAGCCCCACCCAUCUGGAAGAGCCCCCCAAAUAUCCUAGAGAUUCCAUAUAAGCAGCAACAUGGAAAAGAAGCCAGUAUUGCCAAGGUGAUCUGGAUUCAGGAAUAAAUGGAAAAGGCCUUCAAUCAAAAAGAAUCAUCUCCUCAGAGACCCAAACAUUGACAUUACAGCCACAGAAUGAGCCAUCUGUCACUGGGCAUUUUGGCUACAAGCUUUAUUUUGAAUCCAGAAGGAGAGAAAAGGAACUGACAGGGGUUUUGCAGGGUGAAGUCCAGGGCAAAGGUCUGAAGGACACCACUGAUGAAGGAAACCUCUCAAUGCUUCUCUGAGGGCUCUGGGCGUGCCUAUUCCCCAAGAGUGGUUGCACCAGUUUGCAGUCUCACCAGCAAGGAUGAAUCUGUAGAGAAAAGAGAGAUGCCUUCCGAAGUUUCUUUCAUUUCCAGUUGCAUGUCUGUGGCCAUGGAAAAACUUCUUGCAUAUAAAAUCAAAGAGCUACAAAAAGUUCUGAACCGUAUUUACUGAGAAGCCCAUCUAUAACAUCUCCAUAAUUUCAGAGUUUUGAAGCUACUUCCAAACAAUUGGUACCCAAAAAAGGAAGGCAAUGUCUAUGGUCAUUUGCACAAAGGGCUGCCUCUGAGAUUACCUGCUUUUCUCGAUCAAGGAAAUGUUAUCUGCCUCCACACUUCCAACCUGGCCGGUUAUCAUCAUCGAGUUUCCAGCACAAAAUACCUUUAAGUGGAGUCUUACUCCAAUCAACAUGCACAGCGCCUGCCAACACAGCUGGAAGUUCUGCAAGUGCAUCCUCUCUGGUUCUGAGAGGACUUUCUGAAAGACAGAUUUUAGUCCCAGUUUGUAACCAAGAAAACAGAAAUCUGAAUUGAUUGUCCAAAGGUUUCCAUUGGACCCUGUUGCCGCUUCAUUAUUCAGAAAAUACUCAGUUUCUUAAGUUACAAAUGCAUUUAAACAAUGACCAAGUCAUGCUGCAACAGGCACUGGGAACAAAUGAACAACUGCAGCAAGAAAUAGCUAAGCUUGGGUCUGAAAUCCCAACACUGAAAAAAGAGUGAGGCCAAUAAUGCUCAAAAGGCUCCUCUUUGAAGAGAUCAAAAAUAGCACAUUCAUCAAACGCACUGCAGUCAGAGCCCAGAGGAGAGGACUCAAGGCUGGGACCAGGGACCCUACUCCAGGCCUUGGAAUAUUCCAGUGAACAAAUCAGAAGAAAACUGCUGUCGUGAAGGACAGUUGACAGGGAAUAGAGAAGAAGAGAGCAGACGAGGAAGAUGGCACAAGACCGCAGUUAGGGGUCCAGUCCCUGAGGAAAGAAAAGUGAACUCUUUCCAAGAUGAAAGACCCACAAAGCAUUCAGGAGGCUUCAGAGGCCCUGAAUAGAGAAGUUCAAAGGCAGGAAGAUAAAAUGGAGAAAGAAGAGAAAAAAGAAGACAAACUUAAAACUACUCUAAUAAAACAGCAUUCUUCAAUACAGUUUUUAUCAAAUACCACAGAUUCAGAUACUACAACACAGCUAUUGUCACGGUCAUUAUCCAAUGAAGUUCCUCUCAGUUACUAUGUGUCUAGUUCUCAGAUUAGUGGAGUAAACACAUCCAUGAUGGGACCAAUGGCUUCUAAAUCUACUGUAAUCAGCUUUUCCCAAGAAGAUAACAUGGAUUCUUUGAAAGAAAUCAACUCCUUCCUAUUUCCCAAGAAAAAGGGGCUGUCAAACUUUGAAUCCCAAUCAUCUGUGAUUGGUGAAGGAGAGGAUUACUUCCUUUCUUUGUUUCGAGAUUCCAAUAAAUUUCUUGACAAUUCACACCACACCAGAGAUAUUUUCAAACGCUUUUCUAUGAUUCUUGAAGAAGUUGGGACCUCUAUGUGCAGUUCUCUUGGAGACAUUGAAAUAGCUGAAGUGAAUGCCCAGGGUUUGUUUGUGAGGCUCCUUAACUCUUCCCCUGACAAGGAACUAGAGAUUGGAGAUCAUAUUCUCCAGCAGAAUGUGAAGGGACAAGCAGUUUCUUUGUACCAAUUCCUUCCCAAUAUUGUAAUGCAGGCCAAUUCCACAGUGACGGUGUGGGCAGCAGCAUCUGAAGCGAAGCAUCAUCCACCAUCAGACUUUGUUUGGAAGGAACAAAACAAAUUUAAAACAAGUCCAGAUUGUACAACGAUUCUGUGCAAACCCAACGGGGAAGCUAUUGCUUGGUACACUCCUAUUCACUGGAAGCAAGCAUGGGAAAAAUUGGAGACUGACAUUGAAUUUGACAGAUGUUCAGUCGUAACUCCAACAUUCAGAAAGGAUGUUUUUCAGUGGACCACACCUACAGCUGCAGUAACUAAAGAAAACCAAGAUCAAUCUAAGGGGGGAGAUACCUCAACAUGUCUAGUGGAACAAACUCCACCUUUUAUUAAGAGAGAAAAGGAAAUCCCACCAAGUCUUUUCCCCAAUCGAAGCCCUUGGGGCCAUAGUCCCUCUGUUCCUGCACAUCCUUACUGUCCUCUGAUUGACCCGUACAACAUGUGCACUACUGGAAGCAACUUGGAGAGACAGCCCAGGUGUCAGUCAACCAGACCUGAUCCAGCCCCAGAGACCAAGAAAAAAAGGAAAUCUAAGUUACAAAAGCAAUAAACAACCAACUCAAACUUUAAAGGACACCAAGAGGGUACCUGGCAUGUCACAUCAUGCAAGAGAGGUAGCCAGCAGCCAGCAAGAAAAUGGUUUGUUUCAGAAAAGAUAAGAAAUGUGAUCAUUUUUUUAAAGAGAGAGGUAAAGUUAGUUUGUUUUUCUAAGCAGUUGAGAACAAGAUCAUUGAUCAAAAGCAAAACCAGAAUGGUCUUUAUUUUGUUCACAUGAAGCUUACCAUGUGAUUUUAGUCUUUUAUACCCUGUCCAACCGUUAGAUAUAAACUCCUGCUAUUUCUACAGGUGCAUUUUCCAAUGUGUAGUGUAUCAGGAAUUAUGAAUCUUGUGCCCAGUUAUUCUAUACUAUUGGAAACUAUAGUGUGGGUUAGUUCAGCUUUCUAAUUAUUAGAGACUUACAAUGAGUGAAAUUCUAAUACACACUACAAUAUGGAUAAACUCUACAAUGAGUGAAACUUCUAUGGAGUAACAAAUUGGAACUUUGUUAACCUGUCCACAGUUAUCUCAAAUUCAGCCAAAGCAGUGUCACCUUCCAUCGUAUAAUACCAUAAAAAAAUCCCACAGAUAGGAAAUGAGAAAGGAACAAAAAAUAUUUUGAUCAAAUAAUGGGAUGGAACUAUUUUUUAACCAUUAUUUUUCCUUAUUCUAUAGCUAUCUUAUUAUAUGCCUAUCUAUAGUGUGGAAGUUGAAAAAAUAAUGGAAUAUUCAGUUAUUAAUUUUGAUCCUGUAUGUAGUCAGAAAGUAUGAUUGCUUCUGAUUCUGAGAAGAUACCCCUGUUUAAAUUGAUUUAUGUGCAUUUGUAUAGCACAUGCAGGAAGAUGGGGUGCCUGCUAUCUUGUGAUAUGAGAAGGAAGAGAGAGUGAAUUUUUUUCCCCAAAUAUCUGAUUAUAAAAAAUAAAGAGUAAAAUAACCCAAGACUUUAUUAGUAUUGACCAUGAAUAGAAACUCACUGAGUUUAUGGUUCAUUUUUUUCCAAAUAUCAAGAGCUAAAAAAUUACUUACUUAAAAAGAUACGUCAAGGGAUUCUAACAAAUAUGUGAACACUAAUGUUCGUAGAGUAUUAUUCACAGUAAACACAAAGUAAAACCAACCUGAGGGUCCAUCUUCAAAUGAGUGGACCUUUUGAAAUAUGGAAUACAUUGCAAGGAAUGUUAUUCAAACCUAAAGAAUGAAAUUCUAAUGCAUACUACAACAUGGAUAAAUCUUGAAAACUUUAUGCUCAAUGAAAUAAGCCAGACACAAAAAUCACGAAUAUUUGUAUGCUUUUACUUAUCCCAAUAAGAAAAUUUAUAGAGAUAGGAAGCAUGAUAGAGUUUGCCAGGGAUGUGGGGCAGCAGGAAGAGUGGGAAGUUAGUGCAUCAUGUGCACACUGGGAUGACAAAAACAAAUCCUGGAAAUGGGUGAUGCUUGCCCAACAUUGUGAAAGUACUUAAUGCCAUUAAACUGAACAUUUGAAAAUAAUUAAAAUGAGUUUUUAAGAAGCCUCUAAUAAAAUCUGACUAGCAUUUCCAAGAUAAAAAACAAAGAAGUCAUCUUCCAAUUUAAAGCAUCUAACAAGACAUCCAUUGUUUGACAAAAUAAUUUAUCAUGCACAUUUUAUUCUAAUAUAAAAGAGAUUCAUAUUAAGUACCUGUGUGAUGAUGCAGAAUAUUUUCUAGCUGCUGGGCUGUCCAGAUCCCAUUAGCUCUUCAUUCCUGAGACAUUCAGGGAUAGACUUGUACAUUUUGGGGAAACUGUCAAUCAACCUGUAUGCCUCUUGGUGCCAUUAAGUGUUGUCUUUGAAUCAUGGGUUGGUUAACAUAUGUAGUUGUUCUUUUUCAUGGUUACCACAGAAACUGGGUAGUCAUGAUGUUUUGAAAAGACUAGCAGAGAAUGUAAAAAUGUACAAUUAAAGUUAACUUGUUUCAUGGUCC